ACAACGCCAAACCAGUUCGGCGUAUAAAUGUGAAAGGAAUUAUGCUGUAGCUACAGUUCUCAACCGAUCAUCAUUAUCAUCGUCAUCGUGCAAAUUGGAGUUGAUGUAUUUUAGAGAAUAACUGCAUAUCAAUAUUGGUAUCGCAUACUGUCUUUUAUAUAGAUAGCGAUAUAAAUUAAGUAAUACAUGCCAAGCAACAAGUGAAAGUGUCAUACAUUGACACGAAGCAAAAAGUACAAUAAUCAUUCUAGAUGACGUCGAGAAAGGACAAUUCAAACGGUCAUGCAAAAACAAAUGACGAUAUUCUCAUAGAAGAAUUUGCAAAGGAGUUCUUUGGAACGGACAAACCAGAUAACGAAAUAUUGCAACCUGAAAUAACUGAAGUAAAACGAAAAGAUUGUGAGAAUGAAAGAGGCAAAUAUGGUGAAAACUAUAGCUCGAAGACGCAGAAUGCGGGAAAGGAAAAGCGUGGAAAUGGACCAAAAGCUGAAAAUACUGACAAAAAUUUUUCAAAGAACAACGACAACAAGCACCCAUUUCAAAAUGAGCACCAAAGUGAUUCGAGGCAAUCCUUGAAACGAUUCCGUGAGCUUAGUAAUGAAUUUAUCACUUUAUCUAACAGACUGUAUAACGCAAGUAUGCCCAAGGUUUCGGAAAAGUUAACACAGGUUCUCGCAGAGAAACAACGGCUGGUGAAAUUGUUACUCCAGGUAGGCGCACCUGCUCCUUCGAAGACUGGUUCUAAACGUGGUGAGACAAGAUUUCGUGAAGAACCAAGGCAGAGAAAAGGAGAUUCCAAACAAGAAAUUGGAAUGCCAAAGAAAACAAAAAGCGUGCAUUGGAGUGAUGAGCAUCUUGGGGGCAAGAUCAUACAUGAUCCCUCAUUGUAUACUGAGAAACGUCCGAAUUCCAAUCCGUCCCACAAAACCCCAACCAAAAAACCUGGAAGGAACCACAAAAACGAUUUGGGGCCGCCGCCCAGAUACAAAAUGGUCGACAGUUGUACGCAGACACGGCGCAGCAGUGAGAGAAGCGAUUGUGAUUUGCCGAGCACGUGUUUCACGUGUAAGAUGAGAAUUGAUCACGAAAUGGAAUAUGUGGAAGAGAUACUGAAUGAGGCUGCUGAGCUCAGGAGGGAGGCUUGCUAUAUGAUAUGGCGUGCUCAUUACUUGGAACAACUGUGUGACGCUGAUGGUUUGGUGAAGCAUGUGUAUCGCUCAAACUCAAGCAUACCAACGCUACCACGUUAUUCACAAUUGUAUAGAUAAUGUAAAUACUUGGUGAUAACAUAAAAUGGUUGGCCCGCGGUUGUGCAUGCUGUUCAAAAGCUCAUUGAAGUAAAAUUCAAAAAAAAUUCGAAAAAAUCAAAACGAGAAGUUGAUAUCUUGUAAUUUUGAGUUUUAACUCGCGAAAAAGUAAUAGCGUGUAAAAUGAUUGUGUGUUAAAAAUUCGUGCUGGGUAUAUAGUAGCUAUAAUAAUGAUGUAAAUAUAAUCGGUUUGCAUACACUAUUUAUAAUCAAAAUCUUUGAUCAACGGAUGUUAU